AUGCAACGCAAAGGAGAAAAGCCACCACAUUGGCUUACAGAAUACUUCUAUAUUAUAUCUAAUGAGUGGGCAAAUAAAAAUAACCGAAAACAUAUUUGUAGAGCAUGUAUAGAUGCGGUGGGAAAAGAGAUUGCUCUGCAAGAUGAGAAUAUAAAAAUUAUCAAUACUUUACGUUAUUGUUCUAGUUAUCUUAAGAAUUGUCCUUACUUUGUCGUAAAAUAUUCACCUGAACAAAUACAAAAUUUUAUCAAUUUGGCUUUGGCUACUUCAACAUCAAAAAAGCAUAUGGUGAUAUCUUAUAUAGAUAAAGAAGAUGAGGAGGAUUCAAUUUUAACAACAUCAACUUAUUCUUCUAAUUCAUUAUCAACAUCUAAUAAUAUC